AGACCAAACCAAAAAUCCAGACAAGUAGAGAUCCUCAAACUGAUCUUUCACCAUAUGUGUCUUAUAAAUGGAUAAUAUUCAGCAUCCUCUGGAAAGCUUUAGAGAAAAAUGGUCCAAUUACUCUCUCAAGAACGUGCAGUGUUUGUCUCAGCUUUUCCAAUUCAUGCACUUAGUGGGGUUUUACACAUCGUGUGUCACUGUUGCAUGUAAAGUAAUUUCAGCUUCAGUUCAUCCACUUAAACGUUUUGCUGAAUCGUGUCCUUUUGAUCUCUCAUCCUUGGGUUGAUCAUUUACAGGAUCCCUCUGGAAGGAAGAACUCUUAAGGGGCUGGUGGGGGUGAGAAUACCAGGGGAAACUUAAGCAGAGGAACUCUGUCAGACAGCUGCUACAGGACACAUUUCCUUCCUGCUGCCCUGGGAGUGCACUUCCUGGCCACCAUGGCUGAUCCUGCAGCAGAAGAGCAGGCACACCACGGUGGUGAGCUGUGCUGUGAAUGCGGUCAGUUCCACCUCUUGCCAGACAAUCAUCUCUACAACUUCCAGAAUGAAGUGGAUGAUGAACUCAUUUGCCACAUCUGCCUUCAGCCUCUGCUCCAGCCUAUGGACACCCCCUGUGGACAUACAUACUGUUUCAAGUGCCUUGAAAACUUCAUGCAGGAGUAUAACUUCUGUCCUAUGGAUCGGAAGAAACUCUCUUUCCAGCAGUGCCACAAGUCCAGCCUUCUAGUCCGAAACCUGUUGGAUAAGCUGGUUGUCGUCUGUCCAUUCAAGGCAGAGUGUCAGCAGACAAUGCAGCGGUGUGAACUAGAAGCUCACCUGCAGAACAGGUGUCCUGGUUUCAAGAAAUACAAAUGUGAACUACAACGGAAAAGGAACCAUGUUUCCAAAGGGAAGGAAGAGCCCCUCACCAAGGUGGAGACAAGCACACCCAGGGAUCCAGAGGUGCCCAGGGAUGCAGAGGUACCCAGCGGAGGAUCCACGCUUGUAGCAGAAAGCUCCGCAGCUGCUGUGGUAUCACUAGGGACUGCAGAGCCUGGACUGGUUAACCCAGCUUUUGAGGAGACUGAAGAAGAUGUUCCUCAGAGAGCUAGCCCUGUGGCUGAAACAAGCACAAUUGAAAUUCACAGAGAAGAUCCAGAGGAAGAGCUUGGGAUGAGAAUAGUUGGGGGUAAGGACACCCCACUAGGAAACAUUGUUGUUCAGGAAGUCUUGCGGGAUUCUGUCAUUGCUGCAGAUGGAAGAAUAGCACCUGGGGACCAUAUUCUUGAGGUGAAUGGUGUCAACAUCAGCAGUGUGACUCACUGCCAAGCUGUGUCCUUCCUGCGCCACCCAGGUCCUGUUCUCCACCUCAUGGUCCUGCAAGAGAAAGGCUUUUCCAAUAAAACUGCACAGCAGGACUCCACUUCUGCUACAAAUCAGGAAGUGAUCCAUGUCACCUUGAUAAAAAGAGACCGAUCCGAACCCUUGGGAAUCAAACUGAUCAGGAAGACGGAUGAGGCCGGGAUUUUUAUUUUAGAUCUGCUCGAGGGAGGUUUGGCAGCCAAAAAUGGGAAGCUGAGUCGAAAUGACAGAGUCCUGUCUAUAAAUGGCCAGGAUUUGAGGCAAGGAACACCUGAGACUGCUGCACAGAUCAUCCAGACCAGCGAAUCCAGAGUAAACUUUGUAGUCCUGAGGCAGCCAGGUGUGCAGCUGUUGGACCCAGGGGAAGAUGGCAGCACGUCAAACAACAGCAGCAGCAGCAGUGGAGGAGGAAGCCCGGUGCACCACCGGAGAAGACUAGACCACAGUCACUACAGGCGGAAGUCCAACUACCAGAAGGAAUUACCUCCAGGAUAUGUAAGUCAUGAAAAGACAGUUGCAAUAAAGAAGGAACCAAAGGAAUCCCUAGGAAUAACAAUUGGAGGUGGACGAGAUAACAAAAACAAGCUCCCUAUAUAUGUAACAAGUGUACAGCCCAUCGGGUGCCUCUUCAGGGAUGGCAGAAUCAAGCGAGGAGAUGUACUUUUGAGUAUAAAUGGCAUUGAUUUGACUCAUCUGAACUACUAUGAAGCUGUCUCAGCACUGAAAUCUAAUGCAGCUUCCCACUCGGUCAUACUGAAAGCCUUGGAAAUCCUUUUAACAGACCCCACAGAUCCCUCUCUAGACAUCAAGGAGCGAGGAUUCAGCUGGUCUCCCCUCUGGAUCACAUGGCUUGGAUUGCCCAGCUACCUUCACUGCUGUCAAGAUAUUGUCCUUAGCAAAGCUAACCAGGAAAGCUGGGGCUUCAGCAUUGUUGGAGGCUUUGAGGAGAGCAAAGGAAACCAGCCCUUCUUCAUCAAAACCAUCGUGCCUGGGACGCCCGCCUGCCGCAAUGCAAGGCUGAAGUGUGGAGAUGAAAUAGUGGCAGUAAAUGGUGUACCAGCGGUUGGAAUGAGCAACUCAGAACUAAUCCCAAUGCUGAAGGAGCAAAAGAACAAAGUGACACUUACUGUGGUAUCCUGGCCAGGGAGCCUUGUGUGAAAGCUGUGACAAAUCACGCAGCAGCCUUAAGGAUCAUCCUUGGUAUCAGAUAUUUGUUGACCACCACACUGAGCUGAGCUGAACAUGACAAACUGAGGGAAUGCUGAACUCUUGCUAUACAGCAUAUUGCGUCAUGACAAUAAUUUUCACUUCAUUUUUGGAGAAAACAUUUCUUUACUGUGUGGAGGUUGCCACUGACUGAUUGUUAGAUUUGAAAAUAAUGGUGACUCAGAACAUUUGUAGCUUCUUGGACUCAAUAGAGCUUGUUAGUAUUGGUGUUGCAGUGUUUCUCUACGACUCACCCAUCUUUGCUUUUUAGUUUUAGAGCUCCUCUUUCCAUUUAGUGUUUUGAACAGGUUAAAACAGAUGUGACUGGCGUGUUUUGCCUGCUAGUCUAAGAAUACCACUUGGCUGCUGCUCUUCUACCUUGCUGCCAUACUGGACACUGAAUCAUUUUAUAUGUUUAUAAAAGCCACUAAUAAAACUGUAAGGGUGCAGUCCAAUUAAGCAGGUCUUGUAGCCCACAGCUUUAUGUUCUUUGGCUGCUUAGGUCUACUGAAUGUUUUUACACAUCAAAGAAGUUUGCAGCUGAAGGGCUGCCAACUGAGCAUGGCAGGGCUGUGUUGAACUCCUAUGACAGUCGUAUCACCAGGUAGAAGAAAUGAGGAAUUUGUGUAGUUUUUAUCAAUUUCCUCAGCUUGAUGUCUCUGGUUUUAAGACUUGAUGAGUGACCAGCUUUUCCCAAAGAAGGCAGAUGGCUAAGAAAGCAGGUUUGUUGAUGAGAAGCUGUCUUUUAGUUUCCUAGUGUUGAGAGGCAGAGCUGAGGCAGCAGAGACAAGAUGUGCUUGCAGUUCUGUCACUGCUGUAGCAAACUGCAGCUUGCUGUGUUGGAAUCUCCAGGAUAAGGACACCUUGGGCUUCAGUUCCAACCCACUGUGUAGGUAAAGGUUAGAAUGAAAGAAAUGAAGUCCUAGCAGGUUGGUUUGACUUCCAACACCUGUUUAAUUCCUACCUGGAAACAAACUCUACAUGAAGCAAUUCCAUUUUUUUUUUUUUCAAGUUGCUAAUUAGCAGUAUAAGAAACAGAUCUUUCUCACAUCACAGAUCUCUGUGCUGUUUCUGCUGUACCUUUAAUGGAGCCAGCUCAGACUGUAGGAUUAAUCAAAGGAGUCUCUUUCAUAAAAAUGCUACCUAGAAUGAAUGUUGUAAUUCCUUGUAGUAGCAAACAGACUGCAGGUAUGUGCCCAUCAUCCUCAGCAGUGCUUUUCUUAGGGCUGGCUAUUGGUAAUUGGCUAUUAGAGCAGAGUAGACCUGUUUCUUGCUAGAUGAUUGAGCUGUUUACACACCAAGUGACUUCUUCCUCUGGCUGUUAGCUUAAGGCAGUAUACAGCAGGCCCCUGUUAUCAGAGCCUAUUGUACAGAAAUAGCUUCAGAUCCAUUUGUCACAAAAGCUCCCCUGGCACAUGGUGUGGCCUUUCCAUUUGGCCAAUAAAUGCAGCUACUGUCUUAAACAGCAGAAAGAAUGGGAUCAGCUGCUGCUGCUAGCUAACAGUGAGAGUGAAAUGAUUCUGAAGUCAGAAAUGUGCCUGUGGAAAACAAGUCACUUGAGCUGCGUCUGACAGAAAAGAAAGUGAAGCCUUUUGGUCUCCUUCCUAUCAUGAUAGAGAAUCUGUGCCCAAUAUGGAACAGUAAAUAUUUGCAUAGGUGGAAAGAGGGCAGUUCUUACUGGGUUGUAACAAAUGGGGCUUGUACAAAGGACGGUAGGAAAAAGCCAUGCAGAGGGUGGUCAGACCAUUAAAAUGAAGGGUAUGCUGCAGAAGUCAGCAUGACUUUUACUAUUACUCCAUCUCGUUUCAAGGUGCCUUUAACUUCACCAAAAUGUCCUCACAAUUAAGUACUGAUUACAAGAUCAGCUUGUUAAUAGAUGUUGAAUUUGUUUUGAUGCCUUUAUAAAUUAUUCUAAUAUUACUGAAAACCAACAUGGAUUAUGGAUUUUUUUUUUCUUUACUCUCUUGCACAUCAGCUAAUGUCCCAGAACAGGUCCUCUCAACACCAGGCUUAAAGAAGCUGACCUUGCCAGGCAGGAUGUUGUGCAGUUGACUUCUGCUUCUCCUGGGAGAGGAGCUGGAUUACCCAGAAAUAAACUGUGAUUGAAGAAUGAAGAACAAAACCAACUCUCACAUGCUCUUUUCCCUCAGUUAUCUCACUGGUGCUUCUGGGGAUCAGAACUGGAUGGACUGAGAAAGCCAACCUAGGGAAUAAAAGCUUUAUGGAAUGAAGCUUAACUCCCUGAUCUCUUGUGAAUGUUACAGUCACUGUUCAUUAACCCCAGGAAACGUGACAUGAAACUUGCAGCAGUUACUUGGCAUAAGCAAAGAUUAUUUCCAAAGCUCUAUCUUCAUAAAUCUCUAAUACAUCAAAGGCAAACAUUUCACCUCUAUUUACUGCACUAGAAUAAAACUGUUAGCCCUGCUAGUAUCAGUGAAAGGCUUGAGUCUGUCCUUAGGAGGACAUUCACCAACAUACACGAGGAAGGAGCUGGCAGCAGUAACUCUUCAAAAGAGGAUUCUCUAUUUCCCCCUCCUUUCAUGACAUCACCGCAAAACCCGGGUGCAGCAGGAUGCAGACUGGAUGUGAUCACUCUUAAUUACACCUAUUUAAAGGUUGGGCACUUCUGCCACCUCCACAAACACAGGAAGAGAGAAGGGGCAGAGAUGCAGGAUAGUUCUGUAUGCCUCUGGACCUGAGUGCAGAAAUGAAGGAGAAGGAACUGGCUGGGGGCUAAACUCUACACUUACCUUAGCAUGAAAUUCUAUUGACAAACGUUUUCCCCUGAUUCUAGAAAGGUAAAAACCAGCUCAGCAAGGUCUGUGGGCCACUGCCUGGCAUUUCCCUCAGCGCCCCAGUGAUUUCACAGAUCAUGUUCUGGAAAAAAAAAAAUCAGAUUUCAUAAUUACAGAACACAAGCUCGCUCUGGAGGCACCAGCAAGGAUCCCCGGUGCUUCUCCUUCCAUGCUUCCCAGCAGUGCGAGCAGGGGCACAUUUGUCAUUGCAGUGCAAUGAUGAGGGUGCAGACGUCUGUCAGCAGCAGGGCUGGCUCCUGCUCCUCGUCACUCCCAUCGCUCAUUUCUACAUGGGCCAGCUAUGCCAGUGUGCUUGGCAGCUGCAAAUCGCACAAAGGAUUGGAUUCUGUACAACCACAACCUGUUUUCUUGACAGGACUGCUGUCAGCCAAACCCUCUUGCACAGCACCACACUGUGCUGGCCCAGCAUUGGGGAACAAGGCAGAAUCAGCUUCAACCAGCCCAAAAAGCAAGCUGAACUGUGGCCUCUGCCAGCACCAAAACACCCAAGCAAUAGGAGACCCCAGCAUGCUUCCAGAUUCUGAAUCCCUCUGUUUUAUUUCUACCUACCUCCCCUGUGCUCAUCCCCCACCCCAGCUGCUCCCUUGGCCUUGACAGAGCACUGAGGGCCUCAAAGCCUGAUUGCAGCCUUGCUCUGCAGCUGAUUCAUGGCACACAUCUUACCCACACAUGUACGUCCCAUGACCUCAAAGCACACUUUAAAAGCAAUAUUAACAAAACAAAACAAAACAAAAAAACCCCAUACUUUAUUCUUCUCCCCAUAGGUUUGGUAGUUAAUGACCCAUCAAAUGCACCAUCAUAGCAUAUAAACUGUUACCAUAGUGCUAUACUGGCUCAAGUCUCUACAGUUGUAAGCUUCACAUGACACUCCGACUUGCAAGAUUACAAUACAAAAAAAUAUGUAAAGUUUCAAAACCACAUUAUUUUAGGGCAGAGAUUAGAACAGUUUGAAAUAUCAAGUCAAAACAGUGGAAGAUACUUAAAAUGAGACAUGUGGAUUCAUGCUAACAGAAGUGCAACAUUGUCUUUAAGAACCAGGCAUACCAAAACCCCUCAAAACUGCUUCCCGUUCUUCCCACCCAGAAAUAUGUUUGCACCCUACUCAACCAGUACUAAAGUCCAAACAAAGUCUGGAAUUUGACUGAAUUUAUUUUAAGAUUUUAGGGGAGAAGGAAUGCAUUGCACAGGAGUGUUGGUAAUAUCCAAAUAGAAAUAAGUCAACCCCACGAGGGCAAACUGCUAGAUGGAACUUUUUGUUACCUAGUGUGCUAAAUUAUUCAGCUCAACCCUUAGUUAAAAAAAAAAA